CAGCAACAUCGCCUCUUCUCCCCUUUUACAUUUCUCCUCCCAGGUGGGAGAGGAAGCCAACAUUGCCGUGAAAUCCACAUGCCUGUGCAACUUCACGCUCCACUAUGAGGUGGUGUCGUGGGGCAACAUCAUGCUGUCAGGGAUGCAGCCUGGAAAUAUUACUUUGGAGAGGAGCCGGAGGGCUGCCCCCUGGCCUUUGCCCUCAGGCAGCAGGACCAUCCGCAUCACCCACGUUGCAGCCCCAACGCAUCCCACGCCCGCUCCAGAGACCUGCAUGACCUCUGUCCACUUCCGGAUCACCCCCAGCAUGGUGCCGCUGGGCCGCCUUCUGGUUUACUAUGUCCGGGAGAAUGGCGAAGGGGUUGCCGACAGCCUCCAGUUUGCUGUUCAGCCCUCCUUUGAGAAUCAGGUUUCGGUGGCAUUUUCAGCCAACGAGACCCGACCAGGCGACUCCAUAGCCAUCAAGGUACGAGCCACAAAGGGCAGUUGCGUCUGUUUGGCUGCAGUGGAUAAAAGCGUUUACCUCCUCAAGCCGGGCUUCCAACUGGACUCUGCCAAGAUCUUCCAAGAACUUGCAGAGUAUGAUGUCUUGGAUGCCUUUGGGACCACCAAAGAGGACGGGCACUUCUGGUGGCCUGGAGUGUCUUUGCACAGCCGCCACCGCCGCUCCUCCAUCUUCCCCUGGCACUGGGACGUCACCAAGGAUGCCCGCUUUGCCUUCACGGAGACUGGGCUGGUAGUAAUGACGGACCUUGUCAGCUUGAACCACCGGCAGCAUGGUGGCAUGUACACCGACGAGGCUGUGCCAGCCUUCCAGCCUCACACAGGGACCCUGGUGGCUGCUUCUCUGCAUCCCAAAGCCCUGACCAGAGCAGACAAGAGGAGGAGAACCUUUUUCCCUGAGACUUGGCUUUGGCGCUGCGUGAACGUCAGUGAGGUCUCUGGAGAAGCUCAGCUCCGGGUGCAGGUCCCAGACUCCAUCACCAUGUGGCUUGCGGAGGCUGUGGGGCUCUCAGAGGAGACUGGCUUGGGCCUGGGGCAACAGGCCAGACUAAGGAGCUUCAAGGCCUUCUUCAUCGAGUUCACCCUCCCGUACCGUGUGAUCCGGGGUGAGCAGACCAAGAUCUCCCUGACAGCCCACAACUACCUCCCAGACUGCAUGGAGGUCCAUGUGAAGAUCUCCAUCCCCAAAGGGAUCUGGUUUGUUGGACAUCCCGGGAAGCACCACUUGAACUGGAAGAAGUGUGUGGGCCCUGGCAAGGCCAAGCCCACCUCUGUUGUCCUAUCCUUUGGUGAACUGGGACAGAACAACAUCACAGGUAGCCAAAGGAGCAGCCUUAGCUUCUUGAGUCUGUGG